UGUCGUAUCAGACUGGUGUGAUAUGGAUUCCAAUAUAUUCGCAAAGACUGGGCAUUGCAGUUACAUUCGUGUUGAUCUGGAUGCCAUCACAAACAAUGUCAACAUUCUACGGUCACGUGUAGCAACAAACACCGAAUUGAUUGCAGUAGUGAAAGGAGGAGGUUAUGGGCAUGGAGGCGUGCCAGUGUCUAGGCAUCUUAAAUCGAUUGGUGUUAGGGCACUUGCAGUUGCAACUGGUGGUGAAGGCAGAUCACUACGAAAGGGUGGACUACAAGGGAAGAUUCAUGUUGUAGGUAACUUUCAGCCUGAAGACAUUGACUGCAUAGUUGAGAAUGAUUUAAUUCCAACUGUAAGCUGGAGCAAUGGGCUGAAAUCUAUUCCAAAAGACAAACUUGUCAACAAGGUAAGCUGAAAAAGUAUGGUUGGAG